UACAUCCAUUUCCUGGAAGGGCUACAUGUGUCCCUUGGGUCGCAGGUUGGGGACCCCUGGUCUAAACGAUUCAAAGAUUCCUAUCAUUAAAUUAAUAAAAACGGUAUGAAUCUCUUUCUCACAAAUGAGAUAUUUAUCACAAAAUCUAAGUUGAAGAAUGACAUUCAGUGUAACAGUCAGUAUUUGAGUAUACGAAGAGUGAGUAGCGUGAGACACCGCCCCCCCCCCGGCCCGGUCAGUGUCCCGGCCUUGCUGUGUUCCUCUUUCUCCUGUAAUAGUCGACUGACAUCCAGGUACCUACACCCAGGUACCUACAUGCAUUCACCUACACCCAAAUACCUACGUCCAGGUACCUACACCCAGGUACCUACAUCCAGGUACCUACACCCAGGUACCUACAUGCAGACACCUACACCCAGAUACCUACAUCCAGGUACCUAUACCCAGGUACUUACAUCCAGGUGUCUACAUCCAGGUACUUACAUCCAGGCAACUACACCCAGGCACCUACAUCCGGGUACCUACACCCAGGUACCUUCAUCCAGGUACCUACACCCAGGUGCCUACAUGCAUUCACCUACACCCAAAUACCUACGUCCAGGUACCUACACCCAGGUACCUACAUCCAGGUACCUACACCCAGGUAACUACAUCCAGGUAACUACACUCAGGUAAUUACAUAAUAGUAACUACAUCCAGGUACCUACACCCUGGUAACUACAUAAAGGUAACUACAUCCAGGUAACUACAUCCAGAUAACUACACCCAGGUACCUACAUCCACGUGUCUACACUCAGGUACCUACAUCCAGGUACCUACACCCAGGUACCUAUACCCAUGUACUUACAUCCAAUUACCUACACCCAGGUACCUACAUCCAGAUACCUACGCCCAAGCACUUACAUCCAGGUACCUACACCCAGGUAACUACAUCCAGGUAACUACACUCAGGUAACUACAUAAAGGUAACUACAUCCAGGUACCUACACCCUGUUAACUACAUUAAGGUAACUACAUCCAGGUAACUACAUCCAGGUAACUACACCCAGGUACCUACAUCCACGUGUCUACACCCAGGUACCUUCAUCCAGGUACCUACACCCAGGUACCUACAUGCAUUCACCUACACCCAAAUACCUACGUCCAGGUAUCUACACUCAGAUACCUACAUCCAGGUACCUACACCCAAGUACCUACUUACUACUUAGUAACCAGGGGCAACAAGUCUAAUAAAACACGUCCAAUGAUUACAUUCAUUUUUUUUGUUAAAUUACUGUUUAAAAGAGCCACAUUUUUCUGCUGCAACAUCGAAAUAAUACCAUUUUUGGUUUACUGAUUCAAAUAUCUAUUCGCUGAGAAUAAAAAAUAUGAAUAUAAUACACAUACUACACAAUAUUUGGCAAUAAUGAACUCUACAGAUGCCUCAUCUUCCUAUCAUAUAUCCUUAUAAUUUGUACCCUCUGUAUCUUGCGUUCAUAUAUAUCAGGCUACAAAUGCUAAUUUAAGAAUAUUUUCAUCCAAAUCAUUUUAUUUAAUAAUUAUAUAGAAACUGACGGAUGGAAAUACAGCAAAGUGUUUUAGAUGGCAGCACCGCUGUGAGCACCAGUAUACGUAAACAGAUGGAAUCGUCAAGGUCGUGGUGAUACACUUGUAGUGGUGUGUUGGACGGUGUGUUGAGUGUCUCGGCAGAAUGUGUGUGUGUGUUAAGUAACUUUAUUCAGGUAAAGUUUAGCUAUUCGAUGGUAUCAACAGGUACAUUACAUGAAAUACAGAAAAAGGAGAACAUGAGAGAUUGAACUGAGGCUGGACAUAAGUGUUCUUGUAUCAGUAGAUAGCGUAAUCAUCUGGAGAGGAGGUGGGCUGGUGCUGGUACCGAUUCGUUUGUCUCAUUCAAGUCGCCUUCAACAAAAGUGACUAUAUCAGGUGUGAGGCACGAUGCCUGCCUUCCAGUUGCUUGCCUCUAGUGAGAAGUGUGUGGACGAGGGACUACUGGCAGUGGCUGCCACUAAUCCAGGCCUUUACCUCAUUCCACAACAUCGUUUGAUGGUUGAGCGAGGACGGUUGGUCAAGGGACGCAGCGGAGACAGGAGGAAAGUUGCGUUAGUAUCAGGUGGAGGUUCUGGCCAUGAACCCUUCUCCGUAGGCUAUGUUGGGGUGGGUAUGCUGGCAGCCUCCACCGCGGGACACAUCUUCACUUCUCCGCCUCCAACUGAUAUUGCUGCUGCUAUAACAGCUGUUGGUAGAGACAACCCAGAGGGAGUGCUAGUGAUUGUUUUUAACUACACUGGAGACCGCAUCAACUUUGGUCUGGCCGUCGAGCGCUGUCGAGCAGCAGGAAUGAAGGUUGAGAUGUACAUAUCCGGGGAGGACUGUGCUCUGACGCAGCUGGAGGGGACGGCAGGACGCCGAGGACUCUGUGGUACAUUGUUCAUCUUCAAGAUUGUGGGAGCUCUGGUGGAGGGUGGGGCGAGUCUUGAGGAAGCUGUGGAUACCUGCAGGAAGCUAGGGAACGCCCUGGGUACCAUCGGUGUGGCUGCUAGCGGGUGCACGCUGCCUGGGGGCACGUCUCCGCUCUUCGAAGUCCCUGAAGGUCGCCUCGAACUCGGCCUGGGCGUCCACGGCGAGACUGGAGCAGCGACUAUCAAGGCUGGGUCGCCGAAGGAGGUGGUGGAGACGAUGCUGACCCAACUGACGAGGAAGGACUCAACUACCAGACUUCCCCUGCAGGAUGGUGACAAGGUGGCAGUGAUGGUCAACAACAUGGGUUGUCUCUCGCAGCUGGAGAUGAAUAACCUCACCAAGGAGAUCGUCUCACAGCUUCAAAGCCUGGGAGUGAGUGUAGAGCGAGUGUAUGCUGGUAUGAUGAUGACCAGCCUGGAUAUGCGAGGACUACACAUGUCAGUGUUACGUCUCCUGGACCCUGCAUGGUUACCAUUGCUUGAUGCCCCGACUACCGCCCCUGCCUGGACUGCCCCAUGUCUGCUCAACCAUUUCACCGCCGGGGAGGUGCUGAUACCCAACCUCACUCUUACCCUCACACAGGAAAAGAUGGAUCACGACUACAUUUUCUCAGAGGAAGCUCAAGCCCAGACACUGAAGGCUUGUUUGGAGUCUGUGGUGAGCCAGCUGCCAAGGCACGAGCAGGACCUCAACAUCUUGGACACAGUGUGUGGAGAUGGUGACUGUGGCUCUACCCUCAUGAAAGGAAUUACAGUGCUGUCGAAGCGGAUGUCAACAUUACCCGUGACGCAGCCCCGUCAAGUUCUCAAUGUUCUUGGGGAAGUGUCGGCUGAUGCCAUGGGCGGCACCUCAGGGGGACUGUAUUCCAUCAUGUUUACUGCAAUAGCUGCUAGUCUUUCGUCUACUGCAUCCUCAAGCAGGAAAAUGUGGGCUGCGGCACUGAGAGCUGGCUGCCAGGCAAUCAGCAAGUACGGAGGAGCUACGCAGGGAGACAGAACCAUGUUGGAUGCCUUAGUGCCAGCAGUGGAGGCACUGGAGGCUGGCAGUGACGACGAUGACCUGAGAAGUCUCCUGAAGGCUAUGGCAGCAGCUGCUGACGAUGGUGCCAAAAUGACAGCAAACAUAAAAGCACGUGCUGGACGAGCUACUUACGUACGAGUAGAGAACGUGAAGAGAGAGGAUGCUGGGGCCAGGUCUGUGGUUCACAUCUUACAGGCCAUGGCUCAGUACUGACCUACCUUACAUCUGCUGCUUCCUGACUAACAUCUUAAACAACUCAGCUGACUUUACCUUGAGUCACAUCUGGACAGUCUGCGGCAGGAAUCAAGCAGACCGUCAACUACAUAUACAAAUAAGAAGAGUUGCUUUUUUUUUGUCAUCAUGCGAGGGUUGAAUUAGGGAAAGGGAGUUUCUAUAUAUGUUUUGACAGUCUACCGUCAAGAUAUUAAUAUUGCAGUCAUAGGGAGUGACACAGCGUCUGAGAAAUGGUAGGCAAAGAGGUUUCUUAGUGCUGGUGAGGGGAUGCACUUGAUCUAAGAAAUUGGACCCCGGCUUCGAUCCCUUGAAUCGAGUCUGAAUGCCUUCCAUUCCCCCAGGAGCUGUAUAUCCCCUACGGGUUUAGCGCACGUAAGGGCUACAGGUCAUUGUGCAGAUUGGACAAAUAUCAAAUAAUUACUUCCCUGUAAUUCUACAUCUCUUAUCAAGCAUGAUGCACAAUAUAUUUCAAAUUUGUGUCCUGGAAUGUACAAACUUGACAAUUUUAUACUCCAGAAUAUUGUUGACAAGCUUAAAGGUAACAAUACUUUUCACAAAAAUACAGUGUGUGUUCUCUGUCAGUCU